CUCUCAUUCUGUCAUGUGAUUGAGCGUUGCUGACUGAUCACCGGGGGGACGGGGACUGUGUGGUUGUGUUGGACAUGUCAGCCGGUUCGGACCAAGACGAUGGCAGCCGCGGGUCCAGGAGGAAAAUCUGUGAAGACGGCCAGCAGCACCCGGAGGCUGCGGAGGAGUUCAACAGCAAUGCGGCAAGUCUGAAGAGAACUCUAUCAACAUGUGAGGAAAACAUCCCAACAGCUCUGCCCAUGCUGUUGGAUGUGGUCAGGGGUCCUGAGUGUCUUCCUGCAGAUGAGGAGUUGCAGGAAAUGCUAAGAGGGAAAUUGCGCAUUCUGCAAUCUGACAGCAUCGAGGUCAGCUCUCUAUUCACGGAGUUGUCCACUCAUCUCAUCUCGAUUAACAGUGAAGAAAAAGUCAUCUUUGUGACUUUCAAAACAUCUGAGGAAAUUUGGAAGUUCACCACAUAUUACACCAUAGGCUUCCUGGGUCAGUGUUUGGAGAAUCUGUUAUUUGACCAUAAGUAUUGGCUCAGUUUUUUGGAGGAAGAUAUCACUAUUAAAGUUUCGGUUCAGGAGGACAAACUUAACCUAAUAUACAAAGGCAUCCUCAUGCAGGAAGGGUCUUUUUUUGCUGUUUGUAGUACAAACCAGAUGUUUGACAGCUCAACCUCUGGAGGUGACCUGUACCUGGAGCAGGGAGACAUAGCCCAGUUUGAGCCUCCCUUCCUGGGCUCAGGGUGGACUGUCCGCUGCCUUGCUAAUGGAGCCAGAGGCACUGCACCCAAACCUGCUCUUGAGCCAAUCAACCCUUUUCAUCAAUGGUUUCUCAAAUCUGGUGCAGAGAGUAUUUUAGUUGGUGAUGGUAAACCUGCCUGUGACUUCCCUCUGCAGUUUGCCAGAGGAACCUGUGUGGCCACAAUGGCAUAUGAUGCUGAGGGCCCAGAUGAGCUGAGUGUGGCACCAGCUGAACGCAUCAUCAUUGAGGGUCUUCUGGUGUCUUGUUUUGAUUGGUUCACAGGAAGGAAGGAAUCCACAGGAGAAGUGGGUCUAGUCAAGACAAGUCUGGUGAAACCAUCCACUGAUACUUGCAACUCAGCCGAUAUUUUUUUGGAUGGAGAAAAAUCGACAUUUUUCAGUUUGCAAGAGGAUAAAGUCACAAAGAAAACAAUUACCUUAUUGAAGAAGACAUCUCAAAAUGACACUGGUCAUAACUACAAACUGGAUGUGAUCAGUUACCAAGACUUUGAAAAGAAAAAAUCACUCAGCUCUUCAAGCAAAGUUGAUACUAAGCGGUCUGACCUGAAGAGAGAUAUUCAGAUGAUUCUUGAUCAAAGAAAAGACUCAGAUUCCGUUUUCACCAUGAACGGGACUCUAGACGACUCGGUCUUGGCUACAGAGGCAAAAAACCCAAGCCUUCCCUGUUUCACAGUUCACCCAGUCAUAGAAGGAAACGACAACACUGAGAACUUCAUUCCCCUUUUCUCUUUUUUGGAGGGCCAAGACUAUAAAGCAGAGUUUGGCAUCUUGUAUGGACUGAGUUCUGAAAUCCUUGCCUCCUCCACCUUCACUGGCCACUCUGAAGAGGAUGAGCUGAUUGCCUUCCUGGGUGUUGCUCGGGAAACAGCCAGGAAGAAACGACUCUUUUGGUCACAGACUCGUUUGUGCUUUCUGUUGGGUAAGCUCUGUGCUGGGAGGUCAAAAUUCAGCCAGGCACGGGUUUACUUUGAGGAAGCCCUCAGUGUGCCACAAGAAGGCUUAAUGGACGUCAGGCUGGUGGCCAGUAUCUACUCCAAUCUGGCUGCCAUAUAUCUUUUGCAGAAAAAUACUCAAAGUUUCUUUGUUCUGACAGAGCGACUUGUUGCCUUGCUAUUAGGAAUCCCAGACUGCCUGGAAAGCCUGGAGGAUAAUUUUGCUCUUAAAUACAUCCUCAAAAAAGCUAUUCUUUCUCACAACAAAAUGGCAGAGGCCCGGGCUUGUCACCUAUUAGCGAAGCACCACUGGGCUCGUGCUGAGGGGGUUCAAGCUGUUCCUUAUCUUGAGAGACUACUUGUUCUUUGUGCUGGAGCUCAAGGAACUUGGAGUAUCUCUCCUAGUCAUGGAUACUUGACCCUAGGAAAGCUAUACAGUGAACUCCGACUACCCCACCUUAGUGUCACUUCAGCCAGGAAAGCUUCUCUGCAGCCAUCUACGCUGACUGACUGCCUUAGCAGCAUUGUACUAGCUUUGAACAGCCUCAGCAGACUGUAUGGGAUCACAGAACAGGGAGCUGCUGCCUCACCUCAAAUGGCUCCAUAUUUACACCAAGCCCUCAGUUUUACCCAAGUCCAAGGAGGAGCAUGUGACCAACAUCAUGUUUUGCACUAUCAGCUGACAGUUUCUCUCUGCCAAAUCUUUUGCAAACACAGCAUGGUUGGACAGGCUAUCUGCCGUAUGCAUACUUUCAUCAACAGCAACCCACUUUCACAGCAACUCACCAUUUGUAUCCCAGAAAGAAAGAGUGUCCUGAUCUGGCUGGCAUGGCUUCACAUUGACAACAAUGAGCCAGAUGUUGCUUUGGAUAUCCUGGACUCUGUCCUAGCUUCCAUGCCUGAACACUGCACGAUCCCUCUGGAAGGUGUGGUCCUGAACAUGCGAGGUGUGGCACUUCGAUGCAUUGGUGACCUCCGGAGGGCAGCGGAGAGCUACCAGGCUGCUGUUGACAUAUGCCAAGAAUAUGAGGACAUGGCAAACUGGGCUGUAGCUCAGGCUAACCAAGGGCUAUUAUGUCUGAAGGCUGGAGCUAAAGGACUAGCAGAGAGUCACCUUACUGAGGCUGUGCAACUCUUCUCUGAGCUGGAUGAAGGUCAUGAGGCAGACUUCAUUACAGUGCUGCUGAAGCUGGGACAACACUAUGUGAAGCAGCACCAGCUGCACUAUGGAAAGGCAUGCUAUGAAUGGGCCCUGCUGUUGGCUAUAAAUUCCAACCUGUUUGACUGCCAGCUUACUGUAACCAGACACCUUUGUAAUCUGUAUGGGUGUGAUAGUCCAGACCAGGCCCAGUGUAUUAUUUACAACAAAUACCUGGUCAAGCUGCUGAGAUGCACAGGAGACAGAGAACAGGAGGGAGAUGCGCUGAAAGCCAUCAGCCAGCUCUACCUCAAUCUGGGCACAGAAAGGGCGUACCGGGCAGCUCUUGACUACACCAAGAGCAGUUUGGGUAUAUUCAUUGACCUGGGCUUCAGAGAGAAGGAGGCAUAUGGCUGGCUGCAGGCCGGGAAGAUCUACCACCUGCUUGACCAGACUGAACUGGUGGACCUAUAUGUUCAGGUAGCUCAGGAUGUUGCCAUAAGCACAGGAGACACCAAGUUCCUCCUUAAACUUCUCGAGGCAGCAGGGGACAUUUUCUUCAACAACUGCCAGGACCGGGACAAGGCUAUCACAUUCUACAGGGACCAUGCUCUGCCUAUUGCAGAGAAGAGCAGCUGUGUGCAUACCAGGCUGAGGUUGUGUAAUAAGCUGACUGAACUUAUGCACAACCUCAAGUUGUAUGAGGAAGCUGUGGAGUUUGCUCUGACUGCACUGGACAUCAGCAUCACUCUAGGUGAGCAUCUUAAUGAACGUGUGGUUUACCACCGUCUGGCUUCUCUGUACCACUGUCUGGACCAGUAUGAACUGGCGGAACACUAUUACCUGAAGACCCUGACUGUCUGCCCAACACCUCUGCUGUUUGAUGAGGAAACACUGUACUAUGUCAGGGUGUACCAGACACUGGGGGACAUAAUGUUCUAUAAUCUGAAGGACCCAUUUGAUGCUGCAGGUUACUACCACCUGGCACUUGCUGCAUCCAUGGAUCUGGGCAAUAAGAGGUCUCAACUGCAGCUGUGCACCCGCCUCGCCACCAUCUACCACAACUUUCUAAUAGACCGGGAGCUCUCUCUCAUCUUUUACCAGAAGGCAAGAGGAUUUGCGGCAGAGCUGAACGUCCCACAUUAUGCUCAUUUCUGCCUCUUGACAUGGUUCCUUGAUGUCUAAUUGGAAUGUUAGUUGGAAUGCUUUGGUCAAGGAUUGAGCACUGCAGUGUUCAUUAAACACCAGUUUCACAGCCCUGCUCUUGAUGGCCGAUUUGAGUGCCUUUCCCUUUACAUGCUAAUGAGCUACUGCAUGUGCCGCCGAAAGACGGUAUUUGCGCCGCCCACCUCUUCCUGCCUCGCUGAAGUGAAGAAGGCCUUGUGUGACCAUGGCAACGGUUGAGUUUGUGGGACAAAUGGCUGCCGGACAACAAACUGUGGUGGAAGAACUUAAAAAUCUUCUCUGUAAUCUAUUGUCACUCACUUACCUUUCAUAACUUCUAGGUUACACAAAGACUACAGCAGCUUCCUGAGUCACCAUCAAGCAUGGUGGACCAUCCUGGCCUAGAACCUGUCUGCCUGAAUGUAUUUUCACUGCAGAAUGCACUGAACAUUUAUCGGACAGACUAUGGACCUUUACGUCUGAGGGGAAUAGUGCAGUAAGCUUUUAGUCACAUAAAUACUAUUAAUUUAUUGCAAAAGUGUUAUGAUGAAAUGUACAUAACUGCUUCCUCUGUCUUACAUUGCUUAUAGUUUAUCUUGACUAUCUUUUACUUGUUAACAUGAAAAUCACAUAUCAAAUGAAAACAUACAGAACAGUUAGUAAAGAUGUUCUAUUGUAAGAAACAUCAGUAAACAUGUGUUGUAAACAUGUAUAACAAAUAAUAAUAAUAAUAAUAAUUAUUAUUAUUAUUAUUAUUAUUAUUAUAAUUAAAGCUGCAAGCAGCGUUGAACGGGCCCUCGCAGUCCACACACCUUGGGGCAUGCUGCCAUCAGGGCUUCUACAUGCAACACCCUGCGAUGAAGAAGCUGUUCCUUUAUAAUUUGGUGGCCUGCUCCCACUAAUAUUAAAUAAUGUAUGCUGAAGUCAGAAAAAGCGCAUGUACUGCUGCAUGAUUCCCCGGACAAAGACUGAGUUGAUGGUCCAUUUCUCGAGCUGGCUGAAGAAAAUGUCCACACGAGGAAGGAAGAAGCUCAAAGUAUCAUCAUCCAGUAGCCACACAAACCCUCAAGCUUCCCGCAGAGUGGUAGGCUAAAACUCCCCUGAUGAAUUCAAGACACUGGAUGAUGUCACAUUCGUGCUCAAACACAGUGUUCACGGCACAGACGUGGAAGUUCCAUCUUACUGUGCUUGCUCUGUGUGCCACCACUCUAUCAAUCACACCGGUUCUCUUGGGAAAUCUUGAAAAAAAUCCAGAGAAUCCAGCCAGAUCAGAGAAGAACUGAUUAACUAAUGGGGUGUGUUGCAUGAUGAAAGCUAAAAAGUGAGAGGGCUGAGAGAGUUUAAAAAGGAGACCGGUUUUGAAAAAAAAUGUAAUGUUAUCGCCAAAAUAUUUAUAUUUUGAGUUACAGGAGACAUUGCUGAAAUCUGUGACGUCAUGUUUUAUUUCUGGAGAGUGAAAAAUCAUGGCGGCAGACUGAAAGACAAAACAAGUACUGUCUGCUCUCCUCCAGAAACCUAGGCUCAAAAUUAACAUUACGGCUUAUGGGGGAGCUGCUGGAGUGCUUGACGCUCUAGGACGUCUACAGCCAAACAUGUAAGUGCUACAUCUGAAAUAGGACCAUCAGCUGAAAGCCAACAACAUGUCCUACAUUUCUAUGUAUAUAGUGUCUAUGUGAAGUAAAAUAUGUGGGAUCCAAAUCAAGCUGAA